ACAUACCCACGUUCAAGUUAUUGUGUUUUCAAUGAACACACAACAAGAAAUUCUCAUAGAUUUUUAAGCUGUGCUUGUUGGAUUCUCGAUCUUGCAAAGAAGUUACUUGAAUGCUCAAGUUACGCUUUGAGGUUAUGUUGAUGUUGUCAAGUUUUGUGUUGAGUUUUCGGUUCAUUAAAACUGCAAAAUUUUACUCUUUAUAUAAAUAGUGUGUUUCUACUUACAUCUUAGUGUAUUAAAAGGAUUCAACUACAAUCUUUACUUUUCACCAAUUUGUUUUUAAUCGAUUGAUCUGUGUUUUUGGACUAAAAGAUUGGCGGCGGCGUUGGUGUUUUGUUUUAUUUACAAAAAUUUUAAUAUUUUUUAUCUGUGAAAAUGGCAAAUCGUGUGCCUGGUGCGUGCUGUGCUGCAUCCGUUGAGCGCGCUGGUUUGCCUGGAUUGCUUCGUGACCUACAACGGCUUGCGGAAGAUCAUGACUCCGCUGACAUUGUUUUUAUUUUGGGAACAGUUGAAGAAAAAAUUUACGCACACAAAAUAAUAAUGAUGGCAAGGUGCAAAAGUUUCCAAAACACAAAGCGUGGAGAGGUCUGCCGCAUUCCUGGCUGUACAGUAACGCCAUCUGUCGGUACACAGCCUACACCAAUACGUAUGCCACACUUGCAACCGGAUACGUUUCGUUUAUUUAUUCAAUACGUUUAUACUGGAAAGCUUCUGCUUCAAGAUUCCGGGGUUUUUGAAAUGAUGACCCUAGCGGCAGAUUUGGGCGUGGAAGACUUACGAGCUGCUUGCGAAGACCAUGUUACUUCCACUCUCAGUGUUGAGAGUGCCUGUACACUAUUAGCAGCAGCCAUGGAGAUACAAGAUCGACCAGGUGGCAAAAGUGCGUCUUCAUUCAUGGAGCGCUGCAUCACGUUUAUUGGGGACAACGCAGCCGACUGCGUCAAGACUAAUGCAUUCCUCAACCUGCCAAAGGAGGCUCUCAUCAAACUCAUUUCCUCCGAUUUUCUGUGCCUAGAAGAGGAGGAGGUGUGGCGCUGCGCGCUGGCGUGGGCCAAGCAGCGCGCCGGCGUGACGCAGCCCACGCCGCACUGGACCGAGGAGGAGCGCGCCCGCGUGUGCCUGCACCUCGCGCCGCUCAUGCAGCACGUCCGAUUGCUGCUCAUCGACAGCGCGGUGUUCGCGGAGGAGGUGGAGCCGACGGGCGCCGUGCCCAUGGAGCUGUCGCUGGAGCGCUACCGCCGCGCCGCGCUGCGGGCGCCGCCCGCGCGCUGCCCGCGCCUGCUGCAGCGCCUGCAGCCGAGACUCGCGGUGAACAUGUUUGCCGGGAGUCUCAUUCUUCAGCAAGACAAGAGUGCCUUUCAAGCCAUCAUCAACAACUGGUGCGGACUGCCGAAGCAGUGCUGGCGGCUGGUGUUCCGCGCGUCGUCGCACGGCUACUCCGCGCAGGCCUUCCAUUCGCACUGCGACGGUGUAGCGCCCGUACUUUUACUCGCUCAGUUGGGUCGCGGCGAAAUAAUAGGUGGUUUCACCGAAGUGGCGUUCAGUCCGGGCGGCGCCGGCGGAUACGUUGCAGCGGAACGCGCCUUCCUGUUCACACUGAACGGCGCGCCGCAGCGGCAUUGCCUCGCCAAGAAGGCGUUUGCACUCUGCUAUCAUCCAGAUUGCGGCCCAAUAUUCGGCGCCGGCGCAGACCUGAUGAUCUCCAGCAACUGCAACGGCAACAGCGACAGUUACAGCAACUUACACUCGUACGGCGACCCGGCCGCGCCUGCGUCGCUCGCGCAUGACUACAACUUCUCUGUUCGGGACUACGAGAUAUUUACGUUUAAAUAGUCUUCUUCUCCAUCCUGGCUUUAAUCCCGGUUGCGUCCUCACCUCAGCAUUGGCUGUUUUUACACGAAGCGAUUCCCGUCUGACCUCCGCAACACUUGCAUGUUUAUUUGUCGCGUAAUCAUAAUAAUUUAUAGUCUAGGGUGUAAAUUCCUACACAAUAUACGUAUAAAAAAUAACAGUUCAUCACUCUAGAGAAGUAAUCUUGUUUAAAAUACCGUCCAUUUUAAUCAGUAUUGUUUAGCUAUAAGGCGUUAU